AUGACCAACCAACAAGCCACAGCAACUCAACCACAACAGACACCCACGGGUACUCAGACGACCCUUGCCACGGCUGUCACUCAGACCCCCGGGAACAAUGCCAACACAGUGGCCACACCUAUCGCUACCCCGGCUAAUAACGCCAGCACAGUCGCCACGCCCAUUACUACCCAAACGACUACACAAACCAUCCCUGGACUCGGAGCCAUCAACGGAGAGGACCUGAAGAAAUUACUUGCCCUUCUACAAGCUGGACAUUCCACCGCGGUACCAAACAUCCCCUCGCCAUACACUGCUGCAGUUCGUGACGCACAGCUUCCAAUAGGAUUUAGACAUGUGAACGCAGACCUUCGCUACCAUGGUAAUUCGGACCCCCGAGAGUUUCUAAUCAGGUUCAACAUUGAGAUGAACUUGUAUCAAAUCCCGGACCUCGUCAGGUGUAGGUUCCUUGCAGCAAGUCUGAGGGAAAGCGCUCAGCAAUGGUUCCAGAAACUAGGGGAAGGUGUGAUCUCUUCUUGGGUAGAUAUGCAACGAAUGUUCAUGACGCAGUUUCAGGCCGCAACCAAAUACGCUCCACCAGUCACCACUUUGGCCAAUGUCAAGCAGCGUGAUAACGAGUCCCUGACCGCAUAUUUCAAGAGAUUUAACCAGGAGUCUAUGGGAGUUACAGGGGCGUCAGACGAGACCUUGAAAAACUUCCUUAUCGCUGGCUUGAAGGUCGGCACUGAUUUCUGGAAACACCUCCAAGGGAAAGACCCGUCCAACCUGUCAGAGCUAUAUGCAGCAGCUGAGUCCUUCAAGAAGGUAGAACAGUCACUCGCCGAAAAUCAAAAAGAGAUUGCUAAGUCGAGGGGUAAGAGAAAGGACCACAACCCUAGCCCGGAACCAAAAGGGCGCGGCCGUUCCCCAGCAAGGAUACACAUGGCGAGUGACAGAAGAAAUUGGAGUCCCCCGAGACAACCAGGCACGUAUACCCCUCUCGUGGCAUCAGCCGAGCACAUAUAUGCAGUAACCAAGGAUAAGGCCCCUUUCCGAAAGCCGCAGCCUAUUCCCUAUAACGUUGCCAGAGACAAGAAGAAGUAUUGUGACUUCCAUGAAUCAGCCGGGCACAACACCGCGGAUUGUAGGCACCUUAAAGGAGAAAUCGAAGAGCUACUCAGGGCAGGCUACUUGACGGAAUGGGUAAAGAAAUACAGAAUGGAUCACCCGCCAGAAAGGCGCGCCCGGGGGAGGUCACCAGAAGAUAAGGAUGACGAGAAACAGAACGAUACCCAUUUUGUGAGGGAGGGUAGUAUCAGGAGCAUAUUUGGAGGCCCCUACAUAGGGGGAGGUAGUCGAAAAGCGGUGGAGAGGUACGCCAAGGAGGCAAAGGACUACCCCCUUACUAAUGUAAAUCAUCUGUCGGCCAGGGCCCCGAGGGCGUUCAAAGGGGAGACUAUGGACAUCACUUUCACUGAGGACGACGCUAGAUGGGUACACCAUCCCCACAAUGAUGCCCUGGUGGUGGCCAUGCGCAUCGCCACCAUGAACGUUCAUCGAGUGUUCGUGGACAAUGGGAGUUCAGUUAACAUCCUCUACUACGACACCUACAAGAAGUUGGGACUACCGGACAAGGACAUGACGACAGAGAAUCUCUACAUAUAUGGCUUUGGAGGAGAGGCCAUUAAAGCCAAAGGAACCAUCCGCUUACCUGUGACUCUAGGAGAAGCUCCACGAGCGGCUACCCAGAUAUCUGAAUUCGUAAUCAUCGACCACCCGUCAGCGCACAACGCACUAAUGGGACGACCCCUCUUGAUGGAUAUGAGAAUAGUCACCUCCAUCUAUCAUCUCACUUUGAAGUUUCCCACACCCAGGGGAGUUGGAUGUGUGAAAGGGUCUCAGUAUGAGUCUCGCGAUUGUUAUGGCCGAUCUCUCAAGAAUUUUCGAGAUAGAAGAGGGGUACCCCCCAUGAAGAGCUCCAUUCAGUCCACGCCAUCUACUUUAUUCAAUAUCCAGAAAGCGAUACGGAGGGCGCGCCCUCACUCCCACUCUCGGAAGGACACAUUCACCAUGAGGUUAAGCCGCCUCUCUCUGAUGAGCCAAAGAUAG